AUGUCUGGCUGGAAUGACCUCAUUCCUGCUUCUGGUGGCAGCAAUGAUGGCCAUUUCACCGCGACGUGCACCAAUCCUCGCAAACUUGAUCUUAGUCAUAUUGUUGAUAGAUCUCAAGAAGAAGCAUGGGAUCUUAUGACUAAAGCGAGCCAGAGAAGGGAUUUUGAUGGGUUUAAACAGCAUAUGCUAGAAUACCUAAAAGCCUCCCCCGGCACCAGGCUCGAUGAGAUCGAAAAGGCUAUGCGUACUCAAGGGUUGAAUUACUGGAUUUAUGCCUUGGAGCGUGAACCCGCCUACAACGAAGUCAUUGUUGGGCCUUCCGGCGAGCUCGAUUGCAAAUACGUUUGGACCCUAAAUACUUCUGCCAGGCCUCGCCGCUCGAGGGCGAUUGCUCACCGUAUGGCAAGCACCCCCGAAGAGAACAUGCAGCGUCUAAAAUUUGCUGGUGAAAUUAUGCCCGAAACACGGCCUUUCUGCCACACUUGCAAGUCCAAGGGUCACACUAGUAAGAAAUGCGAGGUCGAACGUCCAGAGGAUGAAAUGACCCGUGUUGUCCUCAAGUGUACUAACUGUGAUGGUCUUGAUCACCGCCGCCGUGACUGCCCUGAGCCAAGAAAAGUUGAGGUGAAUCGCAAUGCCUGUAGGAACUGCGGUGAUGAAGGUCAUAGAGCCUCUGAUUGCACCGUCCCUCGCCAAGCAGAUGAAAAUACUGAAUGUCGUAAAUGUGGUAAAAGUGUGUAUAUGUCAUUUGAGCUGGCCGUAUUUUCUUCUGAUGCUAAUGGUGGGGCUUCAAAAACAGUGGGCCAUUUUAGCAAAGAUUGCACUAACGAGCGGGUUCCAAAAUGCCGUAACUGUGAUGAGCGUGGGCAUGUUGGAAAAGACUGCCCAAAGCCCAGAGACAUCACGUAG